AUGGUUUUCCAACCAACAAAUCGUUCUACGGUUGUAUUUAUUUUGUGCUCCGUGAAAAAUAUUUUUUACCCGUCCUUUUAUGAAAAAUUAUCAAAAAAUGGAGCAGUUGAAUGCGUUAGAAAAUGAAAUCAAAGAGUUGCGUAAAACUUUAAUGGAAAAGGAAAGAGAGUUUGAGAAACUACGGAAAGAAUUGUUUACUAAUCAGACAGAAAUAAGUCCAGGAUUACAGAGUAAAGAGACUGAAUCUAUGGUCAAAUGUGGGCAGCUACCCAAAUGGGCCAUAGAGAGGUAUAGCCGACAGAUUCUACUCCGAGAUAUAGGGGUGUCAGGUCAGGCUCGCAUCUGUCAGGCUAGAGUGCUGGUAGUAGGCGCUGGAGGCCUCGGAUGCCCAGCGGCGAUGUAUCUUGCUGCGGCUGGCGUUGGAGAGAUUGGUAUAAUAGACUAUGACGUGGUGGAGAUCACUAACAUACACAGACAGAUUCUGCACUACGAACACGAUGAGAAUAUCAGUAAGGCGGAGUCGGCUGCCGCUACACUUAGAAGCAUAAACUCCCGUAUAAAAGUGACUCCGUACAACGUACAGCUGGACUCUAAGAACGCCCUGGAGAUAGCCAAGCACUAUGAUGUCAUACUGGACUGCACCGACAACGUACCUACUCGGUACCUGCUCAGCGAUCUUAGCUGUCUCACUAAGUUACCGUUAAUAUCGGGCAGUGCGCUCAAGAUGGAGGGUCAGCUGACAAUAUACGGGUAUAGAAGUGAUACACAUACUGUACAGAAGGGCAGCACAUACAGGGGUCCAUGUUACCGCUGCGUGUUUCCCUCGCCCCCCGCGCCUGACGCGGUGGGCUCGUGCUCAGCGCAUGGCGUCGCCGGCCCCGUGCCCGGGCUCAUAGGUACACUACAAGCGAUGGAAGCUAUAAAGUGCAUCCUGGACGUGUCGCCGCGCAAGCUGCUCGUCGAGAGAAUGUUCAUAUUCGAUGCCGAAGACAUGACUGCUAGGACUGUGCAGCUACGUAAGCGUAACUCGAUGUGCGCGGCGUGUUCGGACAGUCCCACCAUCACGCAUCUCGUCGACUACGAAGCGUAUUGUAAGGCGCCUGCUAAUGAUAAGGAACUAGACCUGCACAUCCUACCGAAAUGCAACAGGAUAUCAGCUCCAGAGGUCUCCCAACUCCUGAAAGAGAAGGUGGAUCCGUACAUAGUGGACGUCAGAGCCGACGCCGAGUAUCAAAUGUGCCAUAUUAUAGGGGCUAAUAAUUGGCCUAUUGAGAGGCUCAAUGGAGAGAAUUUGGAUAGACUGAUGAAGGUUGUGGAAGAUAAAGAAAUUGUGGUGUUCAUCUGUCGUCGCGGCAACGACUCUCAGCUCGCAGCUAAGAUGGUGCUAGACAUGCUAGCGACAGACGAGCGACACAAAGUGCGCGACGUGAUCGGCGGCCUGCACGCGUGGGCAAGUGACGUGGAUAACACCUUCCCAAUCUAUUAGACUUAAGU